UCUCUCUCUCUCUCUCCUCUUCUCUCUCUGCAAAACCCUCAUUGCGUAGUCUGCAAUCGGCCUCGGAAUGGCGAACAGUAACCUUCCCCGAAGAAUCAUCAAGGAAACUCAAAGGCUCCUCAGUGAACCCGCUCCCGGAAUUAGUGCUUCGCCGUCGGAGGAUAAUAUGCGGUAUUUCAAUGUGAUGAUCCUUGGCCCAACUCAGUCUCCAUAUGAAGGUGGAGUUUUCAAGUUGGAACUAUUUUUACCAGAAGAAUAUCCAAUGGCUGCACCAAAGGUUCGGUUUCUCACCAAAAUUUAUCAUCCUAACAUUGACAAGCUGGGAAGGAUAUGCCUUGACAUUUUAAAAGACAAGUGGAGUCCUGCUUUACAGAUACGAACUGUUCUUCUAAGUAUUCAAGCACUUUUGAGUGCUCCAAAUCCCGAUGAUCCGCUCUCUGAGAACAUUGCUAAGCAUUGGAAAUCGAAUGAAGCAGAAGCUGUUGAAACAGCCAAGGAAUGGACCCGUUUAUAUGCAAGUGGUGUGUGAUGACAUGGUGGAAGUUUUCCUUCCCAGAAAUAACCUUAUUGCGAUGUAUGCUAUUCAAUGUCAUUGAAGAAUUGAUGUUUCAAAUAUUCUAAAAUUCUCAAGCAAUUACAGGCUGAUUAAGUGUUUUCAUUUUAUAGUUCUGUUGGCUCUGAACUUGUAAGAUCAUCCAAGGUACUUAAAUCUCCCCAUCUCAAAUGGUUACUGGGGACUUUUGUAGUCAUUCAAAGUAUGGAUCAAGUAAACAUUGUGAAUAAUCGUCGGCUAAUUUUCUUUUCUUUUGACUCUUAAAUGUAAGUGUUUUGAACAUUCUAA